CCAGGCCGAUCGAAAUUAGUUGUAUAUCAUACUCGGUUGUGUCAUGCUGAGGUAGGAUUCAAUGUGGAUUCUUGUUUAGGUCACAACACACUGUAGCUCAUGAGUGAUGCAAGCACUAGUGAGGAGUUGUUAGUGGACGACCGUAGGACCACUCGUAGUACUGCUCUCAGUCGACCUUUGACUUUCCUAGAGUUAGGUCCAGGAGACGAGAGGAGACUGCGGAGAGAGGCUAGAGAGAGAGCAGAGGCGAGGAAGGCGAGCGACGUUGCGGCCAACGCCAGGUCUAGAACUAUAGCUAGCACAGGUGCAACCAUGGCCACCUCCUCCAUGUCGCAGGCCUCUUCACAUGCCACAGGAGUCAGUCAGAGUGGUUCUCAGGCUUCCAUUAGCCAGAGUGCUGGCUUGCAAGUCAGUAAGCAGGCUCAACUCACGCCGAAGGAUUGUGAGAUCCUCCAAGCAGAAGAACUUCAGGAUGAGCUGCAACGGCAGUUGGAUGAAGCAGCAGAGAGAAGAAGAAGAGCUAUCAUGAGAAAAGCUAGACUAGGCAAGGAUCCUGUGGUUCCCAAAACCGCCGUUGAGCUGGAGAUUGAGAAGGAGGCGGCGGUUGCAGAGGAAAGCCGCAAGAGGAUUGAGAAGCUGAGGAGAGAGAAGGAUGAAGGAGACCGAAAGGCUCAAAAUGAAGCCAGACGGGCAGUGCUGGCAGAACAUUUCUUGGCCGCUGAAUCUGAUGAAAGAUUCAAUUCAGAUUCCUCCCCUUCGCAGGUUGAUCUUUCCAUUCAACGGGUGGUUGAUGAGUUUUCUGAUUUGGCUCAGGAGCCUACUGGACUAGUCCAUAGGCAGACCAAACACCAUAUUCAGAUUCUGCCUGACUCUACCCCUCCCAAGGGAAGAGUCUAUAGGAUGCCACCUACUGAACUGGAUGAGUUGAGGAAACAGCUAGAGUCCUUGACAGAGAAGGGAUGGAUCAGGCCCAGCUCAUCUGAGUAUGGGGCACCAGUUCUCUUUGUUCCAAAGGGAAAUGGUGAACUCAGGAUGUGCAUGGACUAUAGGGGCCUGAACAAGAUCACUAGGAACAACUCUGAGCCCUUGCCUAGGAUCGAUGACUUGCUGGACAUGGUGCAGGGCUGCAAAGUCUUCAGCAAAAUUGAUCUGAAAUCCGAGUAUCAUCAGAUCGAAAUGGCUGAAGAGGAUGUGCACAAGACAGCCUUCAAGACCCGGUAUGGCACCUUCGAGUUCCUGGUCAUGCCUUUUGGUUUGUGUAAUGCACCAGGGACAUUCCACACUGAAAUGAAUAGGAUUUUCAAACCCUUCCUUGACUGCUUUGUUGUUGUGUAUCUGGAUGACAUUCUGGUUUUCAGCAAAGAUGCCAAGGAACAUGUAGACCACCUCAGGAAAGUUCUGCAGAUCUAUUCUGAUCACUCCACUCUACAGUGGAUGAAGACCCAAGGUGAGUUAAAUGAUAAACUGGGAAGGUACAUUCAGUUCAUUGACGGAUUUGACUUUGAACUGAAGCACAAGAAGGGAUGCUAUAACAGGGUUGCUGAUGCGUUGUCACGUAAACCUGAUUCAUUUGCUGCCAUUGUUGACACUUACUCCUUUGCUGAUUCCACCAGACAGGCCAUCGCUGAUGCGUUGCCUCAGGACCCAGUCUUUGGCUCUAUUCUUAGGAAUCUACAGGCUGACCCCAAUUUUGAGUCAGGCUAUGCCUUGACUUCCGGCUUGCUGUACACAAUCAGCGAGGGGGAAGAGCGUCUGUGCAUCCCUAAUGAUCGCAAGAUCAUUACUCAUCUGAUCUCAGAGAGUCAUGAUGCUCGCGGACACUUUGGGUUCUUAAAGACAUAUGCUGCCCUGACCCAACGCUUCUAUUGGUCUAAGAUGAAGGACGAUAUCCUGCAUUACCUGGAGACCUGCGAGUUGUGCCAAAGGGAUAAGGUCCACAGGCGGCCUCCUAUGGGACUACUCCUCUACCUAUCCCUGAUGGUCCAGUCCUUCUGUAAGGACUACCUACAUUCUAGACUGGACAUGACCUCUGGGAGACAUCCGGAAGCUAAUGGACAGGCUGAAGUGAUGAACCAGGUCUUGUUUCAAUUGCUGCGCCCUGUGAUCACGCCUGAUCAGCAGGACUGGGACAAACAUCUGUCACGGGCGCAACUAAUGUAUAAUACAUCUGUUCACAACACUACACGCUUUACACCCUACAGGCUACACGUUGCAAGAGACCCCAGGCAACCUCUGGAUGAUCUGAUUGACAAGUCUAAGCCUAAACUAACUCCUGGCACUGCAGAGUUCACCAAGAGUUAUGAGAAAGACCUAGAGAAAGCUAGAACUAACAUGUUCAAGGCCCAGAAGAGGAUGAUCGGACAGGCUAAUAAGCAUCGCUCUCCCUCUACUAUUCGGCCAGCAGGGGAGCGCAGCUCCCAGGAUGAUGAAGAAGAACAGCAAAUCGAUGAAGAUGAAGAUCUGCCUCUUCGAAGCAGGCAUAGAGAAGCUGCUUCGAUGGCAGCUGCCGAAACCCCAAUAGGACAGCUAUGGAGGAAGCACCACGCAGAGCAGGGCCUGAUGUCCCAGGGCCAAUUCUGCACCAGCCAGACCCGCACUGGGAAGGAGACUAAUCCCUACACCCUUGAGCAACUAGCGAAGAUGGCCGCCAUAGUGAAAGAGAAUAAGGAGAGAAAAGCGCGUGAGAAGCAGGCGAAGCUAAAGGCUAUCGCAGACGAGCGGGCGGUGAAGAUGAAGGAAGUGGAGGAGGAGAUGAAGAAGAAGGAGAAGGCUGCCGAAGAAGAAGCGGCAGCAGAAGAGGAAAAAGAAAGGAUGAGGAUUGAAAGCAGAGAAGGGAGCAGCGACACGAAGAAGGACACAAAUGCUGAGAUUGAGAAGAAGAUCAGCGAGUGGGUUGCUAACUUAUCGUUGGAGGAAGAUGAAGAGGCGGAGUCGUAUGUGACUGAGGAUGAGAAGGUCGCAUUGGCCGCUGAGCUAGCAACCAUGACGGAUCCUAUGGAGCGAAGAGAGAGGGAAGACGAGCAAAAGUUGCAGUGGAAGCUGAGAAUGAAGAGGGAGAAGAGGAGGAGGAGAGAAGAAGUGAAUAAGAUGACCGCAGCAGUAGCGAAGGUGCAGGAAUGUAGAGCGGAGGUAUUGGCCCAGCGAGACGAUAAGGCCAAGUGGGACAAGGUACCGGGGUACCAGGAAGUGUUGAGCAAGGCCUGGAUGGAGGAGCGCCAGGCUAGUUGGAGUCAGGAUGUAGCGUUGAGUGCCAUGCGGUCAGGAUUUAGGGAGUUUGCGCACGAGAUCGUCACCCUCAUUGGGGGCGAAGUGAAACAGUUGAGGGACAACGUAGGGAAGUACUGCGAAGGUGCCAUUGAGGGUGCCAAAGCCAUAGCUGCUGCAGAGGGCGAAGGUAGACCCCGCAAAGAGCCUGUAAAGCUCAAGUUUCCCGAUGCGUACGGGGGAAAGAAGGAGGAAAACUUUGACAACUGGGAGGCCAGUGUCAACAGUUAUAUCUAUUUGCAACAUAUCCUAACUGAGGAGCAAGUCCUCGUGGCCUUCCAGGCCCUCAAGGACGAAGCAGCUAGUUUCGCUAGGUCUCUUGCGCGUAGAGCCGGUUGUGAAAACAACCUGUUUGCAUAUUCCAAAGUCACCCCUCUUUCCCAAUUCCUCAAGCUCCUCAAGGAGCGUUUCGCUGACCCAACGCGAGGCAUUAAAGCCUCUGACAAGCUGCAAACGAUCCACUCACGACAGUGGAGGAGUGCCAAGGCACUCAAGGGUACCAUGGACGACUUGGUAGCCGUCCCGGACCAUGGGGUCACUGAGCCCCAGUUGGUCCAGUUGUUUUAUCGUGCCAUUCCAGAGGCCCUAUGUGGGCAUUUCUUUGACAAGUCUCAGCAGGCCGACAUCACUUACGAUGCAUUGAGGAGAGAAGUCGUCCUGUAUGAGUCGAAGUCUAUGCCAGUCACCACUUUCUGGCAUAAGGACCUGGAGAAGGGGAAGAAGUGGAAGAAUCGUACCAUCUCGGGUCAAGUCAAGGCCAAGGAUCACUUGAUCCUGACAUUAGAGGAGGGUGGUAUAGAAGAGGUCCCAUAUGAUCAGAUUGAGUGGGGCCUAGGGGAGGAGUACAGUAGUAUGAAGAUUCUUAGAGAUGAGGCUGUACGGAGGAGUGAGCAGGUGCUUGAUGUGUUCCUGGCGGUGGACGAGAUGCAUAACAUGAGUUCUCGUGAGUUAAUUAAGAUUCUGCGGGGAUCGCAGGAUUUCACCGUGAAGGUGACCAACAGCAAAGGAGCAAUUGUGAAGGUGGAUGUGGAGCGGCUCAUGGCUUCGUUACCUUUACACCUUUUGGCAUGUGCGGCCGCUGAAAACAGUGACCAUUGGCUAUGGUACCUGUUACGGGGAAUACGCCUACUCCACUCCUUAUGCGAACUAUCAAAUCAUCCUUGGCAGCGAGGUCUGCGUCCAGAACGACCUCAGAUGAUGCUACAUGACGUUAAGGUGCAGCAGCAAAUGGUUGACCUUGUCUUCUUCCUGCUCAUUGUACUUGCGAGCCCAGAUGAGGUAUUAUGGUGGGCCAUGCUAAUUGUGUAUGUAUUGUUCCAAUUUUAAUGGGUGUUAUUAUUUUCUGCAAUUAGCCCGGCAAUCAUGACAAGCUUUGACAACUAGAUCAUGCGAGUACUCGCAAUGCACUCAAAAUC